AUGGCACUGAUGCAAAAUGCUGCCCUCCCUUAUUGGGAAGAUUUGUACAAUUUCUCAGACCAAAAAAAGAAGGAUUUUUCUGGCAUGAAUCCUUCACAAAAUGUGAGCUUCUAUGCUCCAAGAAUCAAUGGUUGCAGUAGCAGAAAAAGCUUGAAGGUGAAUGCAAAUGUAAAAGGUUACAAAAAGGUCGAAACAAUAAACGGGAAGAAAGUCAAUGGGAUUCAUGUUGAGGGGAUGCCAUUUUCAGGUCAAACGAACACCGAUUUAAUUAAAGAUAGCAGCAUAGAAGAGCCAAAUCAUGAAUACCUUCUUGGCAGGUUUAUGGAGGACAGGUUUGUCUAUAGACAAUCCUUUGUUAUAAGGUCUUAUGAAAUUGGACCAGACAAAACUGCUACAAUGGAAACACUUAUGAAUCUCCUUCAGGAGACAGCCCUGAAUCAUGUGGCAAGCUCAGGUGUUGCUGGCAAUGGAUUUGGUGCAACCAGGGAAAUGAGCCUAAGGAAAUUGAUUUGGGUCGUUACUCGCAUACAUGUUCAAGUCGAUAAAUACAGCUCCUGGGGUGAUGUUGUAGAGAUAGAUACAUGGGUAGAUGCAGCUGGAAAAAAUGGAAUGCGCCGCGACUGGAUCAUCCGAGACUACAAUACUCACAAGAUCAUAACAAGAGCAACAAGUACAUGGGUGAUCAUGAAUAGAGAAACAAGAAGAUUGUGUAAAAUCCCUGACGAAGUGAAAAAAGAAGUCCAGCCCUUUUACCUCAAUAGAACAGCAAUUGCAACAGAAGAUAUUGACAGUGAAAAAAUUGAAAAGGUCACUGAUGAAUCUGCAGGAAAAAUCCGAACCGGUUUGGCUCCUCGAUGGAGUGAUAUGGAUGCUAACCAGCAUGUUAACAAUGUCAAAUACAUAGGAUGGAUUUUGGAGAGUGUGCCAAUAAAUGUACUGGAAGAUUAUAAUUUAACAAGCAUGACUUUAGAGUAUCGACGAGAAUGCCGUCAGUCCAAUGUUCUUGAAUCCUUAACAAGCAUGGAAACAAAAACAGCUGAAAACAGGCCUAAUAAUACUGCAAAAGAAGAUUUCGAAUGCACACAUUUGCUUCGUAUGGAAGACGAUAAUGCAGAGAUCGUCCGAGCAAGAUCAGUAUGGAAGUUCAAUCAAAAUCGCAUAAUCUGA